AGGUGUAUAGGAAUAAUGAGUAGUUAUCAACAACAGCAACAACAACAACAACAACAUAUAAAUUACCAACAGCAACAGGUACAGCAGGUCCAACAACAGCAGAUAUACCAACAGCAACAGCAACAGAUACACCAACAACAUCAACAACAGCAACAGCUGCUACAACAGCAACAACCACAACAUCAACAACAACAGUUACACCAUCAUCAAAUGCAACAACAGCAACAACAACAGCCACAACAACAACAUCAACAAAUGCAACAACAAUAUCAACCAAUUGUACAGACAUCCACAUCUCGUUUGGAUGUGAGCGAGAAGUAUUCAUUCAACUAUGAGGUCGGCUCUGGCACCUAUGGUAUGGUGUACAAGGCCGACGACAGGAAGCGACCAAACACUCGAGUGGCUAUCAAGAAGUUUCGCAGUACAAAGGAGGGUGAAGGCAUCUCUCUGACAGCUAUUCGCGAGAUAGGACUACUGAAAGAGAUGAUGCAUGAGAAUAUAGUAAAGGUACAGGACAUCUGUUUGAAUCCAAAGGACAAGUCCCUCAAUCUUGUGUUUGACUAUGCAGAGUUUGAUCUCUUUGGCAUCAUCAAGUUCCACAGAGAUCACCCAUCAACUCUAUGCCCUGAUCAUACAAUCAAGUCGCUAGUAUGGCAGAUCCUAAAUGGUAUACAUUACUUACAUAGCAAUUGGGUGAUACAUCGCGAUCUCAAGCCCAGCAACAUCUUGGUGAUGGGCGAAGGCAAGGAGUUUGGCAUGGUAAAGAUUGGCGACUUUGGACUGGCGCGCAUCUUUCAGUCGCCACUACGUCCACUUCACGAGAAUGGAGUCGUUGUCACUAUAUGGUAUCGAUCACCGGAGCUCUUGCUUGGCUCCAAACACUACACUAGUGCCGUGGACAUUUGGGCCAUCGGUUGUAUAUUCGCCGAGCUGAUAACGACAAAGCCGCUGUUCCCUGGACGCGAGAAGGACCCCAAACAGCCAUCACUCUUCCAAGACGACCAAGUAGACAAGAUCAUCAAGGUGCUGGGGAAGCCCAACUUGGAGAUGUGGCCAGACGCCAAGCAUCUCCCAGAGUGGAAGAAGAUGGCUCAAUGGAAAGAUGAACCCUACGAGAACAACCUGGCCAAGUGUCUUGGUAUUGAUCAGAACAGCGCAGCCUAUGACCUUAUCCUAAAGAUGAUACAAUACGACCCUUCUAAAAGGAUAUCAGCGCAAGAGGCAUUGGACCAUCCAUACUUCAAAGAACCUCCUAUACCUAAUGCAAAGUAUGUUGUAGUAUUGGUUGCGGCAACCUCUGAAUGUUUGAUUGAUCAACUAACAUCACAUCCCCUUUCCUCCCACUCAUUGACAGCUCGUUUGGCACGCACGGUAAGAUACUGUACCCAACGAGACAGCAACAAAAGAAAAAGAAGGACUCUGAGGAAU